GUGACUUCACAUCCGGCUGUGGUGGUUGUUGUGUUUCCAAAGGAAGGGGGUGGUAGGAGAAGAAGGAAGGAGGGAACUCGGGGAAAGGAGAGCAAGACACAGCGGCCAGCUCGGAGCCUCCGCAUCCGUCCUGCUUCUGUACGAGGCUUAAGCUCAAAGGUGCAACCAUGAAAGACCCAAGUCGCAGGAGUACUAGUCCAAACAUCAUCAGUGAAAAUGUGAUCAUGAACGGUCACUCUCAUGAAGAUGAUAACCCAUUUGCUGAGUACAUGUGGAUGGAAAACGAAGAGGAGUUCAACAGGCAGAUUGAGGAGGAAUUGUGGGAAGAGGAAUUCAUAGAACGUUGCUUCCAAGAGAUGCUGGAAGAGGAGGAAGAACAUGAGUGGUUUAUCCCAGCAAGAGAUCUCCCGCAGACAAUGGAUCAAAUCCAGGGCCAGUUUAAUGAUCUUGUUAUCAGUGAUAGUUCAUCACUGGAAGAUCUGGUGGUCAAGAGUAAUCUCAAUCCAAACGCAAAGGAGUUUGUUCCUGGGGUGAAGUACUAAAUAUAUGAGUAGACUGGGCCCUCUUGGUGGAUGUAGCACAAUUUCCACACUGUGAAGCCAGUAUUAGAAGAUUUAAUUGUUAAAACGCUCUCUCUUCUUGUCACUGUGUUACACUUACGCAUUGCCAAAGUUUUGUUAGUCUUGCAUGCUUAAUAAAAGUGCUGAGACUGUUAUUAAGUCAAUUGCUGUCAGAGGUUAAUGAAAUGGAAAAAAGGAAACACAGCAUUUGGACCCAGGCUUUUCUUCUUCUACUACUUUUUUUUUGUGAAGGAAGACAGUGAGGUAGGAAGGCACCAGUCAAGUUGAGAAAAGUACCAGAUUUUUUUUUUUAAAAGCUCUUGCAAAAAUUCUGUGUCUCAGAAGGGUUCAGACUUUGACAAAAAGUAGUCUGUUUUUAACAAAAGGAUACGAGUUGGUGCUGCUAAGCACCCCACAUGCCUUAACAUGACAAGUAAAAGCAAGGUUAUCUGAUUAUGCAGAUUAGCUGAACUGCAGUACUGCUACUAACUCUUCCCCUUAUCAAGUGAAACUUCAUGCUCUUCUCUUUCAAGAAGAAUGUGAACAGUAUAUUAUACCUGAAACUUGUUUUUGACAGACUGUGCAGAGUUCUUUACCUUGGCUACAGAUCUGUUUUGGGGAGUGGGGUGGGAGGAAAUGACUGGCAGAUGAGAUUGUUGUUCUCAGCAAGCUAUCAUGUCAGAGUGUCUGUCCCACUUCUGAAUAUAUAGCAAAAAUGAUGAGAGGUUGUGCAUCACAAUUUCUUCCAGGAAUCCAGAAACCAUGGCACUGCCUACGUAAAAAAAUCUGCAACCUUAAAAGAGUUGAGUUUACCUGUAAAGCAUUAGCAUUAGUGAUUUGAGUGGUGCUUUCCCCUUGCUUUGUUUAAUCAUCACUACACCCAAUAGUCUACAGCACAACUUUUUAAAAAAGAAAAUACAGCUAGAACAGUUUUGGCUUCAUAAACUUCAUAUUUGGGUAGCAUAAGCUGCCAUACAUGUUCAGUGUGAAUAGUGUUUAAGUUGAAAAUAUUGUAAAAAAAUUAUAUUUUUUCAAAAAUAUUUAAAAAAAAUAAAUAAUAGUAGAAACAA